AUGGCAAGUAAGAACUAUAAAGCAUCAAUGAGAAACCUUGAAAGACAAAUAGGGCAACUAUCCAAGCAACCUACUGAGAGACCAAUUAAUGCCUUCCCCAGUGACACCAUCCAAAAUACAAAGGAGGAGUGCAAGGUCAUACAACUUAGGAAUGGUAAAACAUUGGGAAAGGACAACAAGGAUGCCAGCAAGGAAGAGAAAGAGAUUGAGGAAAAUGAUACGAGGUUGCACAAGGAGAUGAAGGAUCAACAAUUCCCUAAGUUCAUAGAAAUUUUCUGGAAAUUGGAGAUCAAAAUUCUACUAGCUGAAACCUUGGAACAAAUGCCACUUUGUGCAAAGUUUCUCAAAGAACUCAUCACCAAAAAGAGGAGCUGGAAGGAGAAGGAAACUGUGAUCCUCACCCAGGAAUGCAGUGCUAUAAUCCAAAAAGGGUUGCCACCCAAACUCAAGGAUCCAGGAAGCUUUUUCAUACCAUGCACCAUUGGGAACAUAUCAGUUGACAAAGCAUUAUGUGACCUGGGAGCAAGCAUCAAUUUGAUGCCACUCUCUAUGAUGAAGAAGCUAUCGAUAAAGGAGGUCAAACCCACUAGAAUGUCACUACAACUUGCCGAUACAUCCCUUAUAAUACCCAAUGGAGUGGUCGAGAACCUUCUAGUUAAGGUUGGCAAAUUCAUUUUCCCUGUGGACUUUGUAAUUCUGGACAUGGAUGAGGACGGAAGUGACUCAAUCAUUCUUUGA